AUGAGUCCAUCACUAGAGCCAGAGGUGUUUUAUGAAGACAAAGCUGCAAAAGAUCCAGUAGAAAUCGGCACCAAAGGAACUAUCAGUUCCCUCAUCCUGCAGGAAAUCAGGUAUCUAAGCCAGCUUCAAUCAAGUAGCCGAGGAAGCUCGGAGAAGGGUCAGUCCAGUGGUGCUGGAACGGCUGCUGCUGGUACUAGUCCAUCCAGAUCCAGCUCUGGAUCCGUGGUGCAAACUAGAAAGAGGAAAAAGAAAGCAGGCAGCCGGCUACUGCCAAGUAUAUGUUCCAUGGUUGAUGUAUCUGACAAAAACCGACCUGUACAGGCUUCAGGGUUAAGCUAUAAGAGCCAGGAAACCGACACCAAGAAGUCACAAGCCCUCUAG